CUCGGCGUUUAACACUUUUCGUACAAUGAUAAAGAAAUUUAGGAAGCUCAAUUUUUUUUAUUUCACUCCUGAUAGCCGAAAUUAUCGCGUGUACUCAAGUCUCGAAGACUAAAUCGAUUUUCCGAUUCCUUUUACUCGUUAUACUUGCCGUGCGUAUCAUUCCGCAAUUCGUUUGUCGAACAAUCAAAUCAAUAAUCAUUUCGUUAUCUUUAUGGAAAACUAGCAAAAUACUGGAAUCAUAGACGAGUGAAUGUAAUUGGUAGGGUGUUUUCUGAAGAUGAUGUCCGCUGAUUGAAUUGAUUAUCCGUGACUCGUGAAACUGUAUAAGUUAUUCUGUCGAUUGGCUUGGAAUUGGAGAUUGGAUUGAUAUUCCAGGGUAAACCAGGAAAACCAGGAAAACCGGGAAUAGUCAGGGAAUGGACCGUAGGGAAAAAUGUAAUUUAAAAGAAAAAAAAAGUCGUUUUCAAACUUUAGAUAUGCUUUGUAACUUCAGUUGAGCCAAAUUUUGGAAAUGGUAUUGUUUAAUUUCUAAUUAUUUGUGUGAAACGAAGCGAUGCUACGUGUUUUUUAAAUCCAAGUUUAUACAUUCAAGGUGCACAACUUCUGGAGCCUUUGGCCAUAAAAGUUGUCCAAUAUUACUCAAGUUUUGUGGAAAAACGUCAGGGAAUUCGGAAUAUUUUUACGGGAAAAGUCAGGGAAUUUUAUUUAAUUUAGCAAAAUUGUCGCCACCCUGUAUCCGUUAUUCUUAAGGUAUUUGCGAUGCAUAACUGAUCCGAACAUUGUUAAUUCUGUUUCAGAGUAAAAUGUAACGUGUAAAAAUGUGACCAACAUAUACAGAUUAUCAUGAACUUUACAAGGCAUUCCAAUAAUGCUGCAGUAGGAUAUCGCUUUACAUAUCAUGGAAGCCGUAGGUAUAUUCAUAAAAGUACUCAUUGUCGUGGCUUGUUACACGGAUGAGCCAAUUAAAUAUGUUUUUGCGCAAUGUAUCAUUCCACUCGGCAUGGAAGAGGGAAAGAUUCCAGACAACGCGAUUACCGCCUCCUCCAGUUACGAAAUGAAAUCCGUUGGCCCCCAAAAUGCUAGAAUACGCCAGGAGAAAAAUGGUGGAGCUUGGUGUCCGAAAGCCCAAAUUAGCAGUGACAUUAGAGAAUACUUGGAGGUGGAUCUUACGAAUAAUCACCUUAUCACAUGGACUGAAACCCAGGGUAGAUUUGGCAAUGGUCAAGGGCAAGAAUACGCGGAAACGUUUUUUCUGGAAUAUUGGCGUGACCUGAAAUGGUACCAAUACAAAACCAUGAAAGGAGACAAGGUACUCCGUGGAAACAGCAACACGUAUCUGGUAGAGAAGCAAAAAUUGGAUUUGCCGUUCGUUGCCAGCAGAGUUCGAUUCGUUCCGUACAGUCAACAUCCGCGAACGGUUUGCAUGCGAGUUGAAAUUUACGGAUGUGUUUGGGAACAACAAAUCACUAAAUAUUCGGCCCCGAAAGGGGAGACUUUUGGACCCAAUGGCUGCAAUGUCGAAGACUCAUCUUACGACGGUAUUAAAAAUGGUAAUCGUAUGGUCGAUGGACUCGGACAACUGACCGAUGGUGUAUACGGAGAAGAGCCGAGCACCAUAGCCAGCAGUUUCACAAAUUGGGUUGGCUGGAGCAAUUUGAACCCAGUGGAGCUGACCUUCGAGUUUUACGAAGUACGAGGAUUUGAAAACUGUACCAUCCACGUGGCGCAUAUACCGUCCCGAAAUAUCGAGGUCUUCUCCACUGCGUACGUUUGGUUUUCAUUCGAUGGCAAGCAAUAUCAUCAAAGUUCGGAAAAGCUUGAGGUCAACGAAGAUGUAAAAUCGACUACCAGGAGCGUAUCGAUAUCAUUACAAUCCAGGAUAGGACGUUUCGUUAAAAUUGAACUUGUUCCAAAAGCUAAAUGGCUCCUCGUGAGCGAAGUCACGUUCGAUUCUGUACCGGCAUCGCGGAAUCUAUCGGACGAAUCGUUGGAACAAUUUUAUCGGGCGUGUCACAAGGAUAAUGAAACCGAACUGAGCGAUACCGAAGACUCGCAUUCGAGCUACAACAAGACAAUUUUUGAAUUGAACACCAAUUUGACACCCGACGCGUUUCCGGUCAGCAAUUCUCAGACCUACAUAGGACUUGUCAGCGGUGUUCUGACGGUAACUGCGCUUCUGCUGACUUGCACGAUUUUUUUGAUGAAGCAAAGGGGACGCAACAAAGUCGCACUGCUGCAGAAGCACACGGCCUUGUUGUGCAGAUCACCGACACACGGAAUAACGAUCAAUAUGAAAGACAUUAAAAUGCCCCCACCUGUGAUCAUCAACGGCUUAUCCCAGUCGAAAUUAUCUCUGAAAAGUAAAAUACUAUCGGUUGACAGUCACAGUCUUCGCAACGACGAUACUCUUGGUAGCGAAUACGAGAAAUGUAGCGUCUACGAAAGGACUUACAAACUUUAUUCGAAGGAGAACCUCGGCUACGAACCUCACACUCACAAAAGCGAUCGAGUGUCCAGUUGUAAGAGUGAAUAUUCGGAUUUUACAAGCGACAGUUGCUGUGACGAUAAAAUUGUCGAUCGUUUGGUCCUUACCCCGUUUCCAAUAAAAAGACUUUGCCAUACUUCGUCUAGAACUAAUCACCAAAUUUACGAAGGUUACUACGCGGCAACGGAUAUUUUGACGAUCAAUAAUAGAGAACGACAAAGUUGUUCGAAUUUGUUCACAUCCCUACAAAUUGAGGAUGCCAUACAUCCGUCGCACGUUUCUGACUCUUGUAACCUCCACCAUGUUUCAAGACAUAGACUAAAAAUCCUGGACAAACUGGGGGAGGGGAAUUUCGGACUGGUUCAUUUGUGCGAAGCUAAAGGUAUUCACAGUCCAGAUUCAAACACGAUACGCAAUAAACAGGUUGUGAUAGUGCGAUCCCUUUGGCGCGGAGUUACAGAUUCAUUGAGAAAACACUUUAUGAACGACAUGUACUCACUGGCAAAAAUUCGAGAUGUAAAUAUAGCUCGAGUAAUAGCUCUUGUCGAGGAAGAACCAUUCGGAGCAGUUUUUGAGUACGGCGAGCUCGGGGAUAUUCCUAGUUUUAUCAGAACUCAUGAAAAGUCAAGUGACGACAUGCCGUUAAGUUACGGAUGUUUACUGAAUUUCGUAACUCAGAUUGCCUCAGGAAUGAAAUACUUGGAAAGCUUGAACAUUCCGCACCGUGAUUUGGCUGCAAGGAAUUGUGUCGUAAGCAAGAAUAUGACCAUAAAAGUAUCAGAUCAUGCAAUGUAUUGUAGCAAGUAUGAUCAGGAGUAUUACAUAGACGACUGUUACGCGAGAGUUCCACUUCGUUGGAUGGCGUGGGAGGCAAUUUUACUGAGAAAGCAAACUUGUAGAUCCGAUGUUUGGUCCUAUGCAAUUACGGUUUGGGAAAUUCUGAUGAACUGUGCGGAAGUACCUUAUGCUGAUUUAACGUCUGAGCAAGUGUUGGAAAACUUUAGCAGAUGGUACCAUUGUGGACCAACGGAUAAGAAUCAGCCUCGUAUUCUUCCACAACCAGUUCCAUGCUCAAGAGAUUUGUAUCACAUGAUGACUAAGUGUUGGAGUAAACGUGCAGAUGACAGGCCAACCUUUGAAGAAAUCUACCUAUUUCUGAAGCGAUUGAGCUUCGAUUGAAAUGUUGUUUACACUGCAGCGUGGACCAAAUCAAUUACAAUCAGCUUAAGCAUCCGCCACUAUCACGUCUUGGAUGCUUUAGCCACUAACUCAUGCUCAACUAGAUUAUAUAUCUUGACCUUCUAAAUAUAUCAUUACUAUUAAGAUAUCCGUAUAUUGUGUGAGGAUUUUUAUAUUAAAUGUCGAAAUUACUCGGUCGACUUGGUCAAAAUUGAAAACAUUUUACUAUAUAACAUAAUCAAGAUUCAAGCUGAUUAUAAGUGUAAGUUUGGUAUAGAGGAAUAAGAUCACUUGGAGCAAUUGAUCACUAUUGGUCAAUUACGAUUGUUAUAAUUAACGUAGUUAUAGGGAUGUUUCAGGGGGAAAUAUUUCGCCGGUUAUUUUUUCCUUUCCGUUUUGAAAGUCUGUUGUCUAGUCAAAACUUCAAGUUUUAACAUUCUGGGUUUCAGUUAAAAUAUCUAAUUGUCAGAGAUAAGAUGAAUCACCCUUCUUUCCUCCAUCUUAUACGUACAACUUUGUUACUGCUGUAAAGCGUUAGAACAUUCAAGAUCUCAUUGAACAAACAUUUUUUUUUCCGUAUAAUUUGAAAAUGAAUCGUAUUUGGAAAUUUACACGCAAUCAAAAUUAAAUCACUUGAUUUUUAUAAGGUUUUCUAAGCAAUAGUUAUUUGAAUGCAAAAUUUCUUUUUUGCUCUUGCUUUACAGUCAAUGUUAAUUCAACAGAUUCUUCAAAAAUACCUUGGUAACGAUCCAAACAGAAGGCGAGAUAUUUAGCCUAUAUGAAAUCGUCAUUUUUGUAAUGCUAUGUUUUGAAUGUUCUUUGUUAAGUUUUCCUUACAAAGUCACGUAUGAUAAAAAAAAAAAAUGUAUCUUCACUGAACAAAUCGGCAUUUAUUUGAAAAUAAACGGCUCGAUUUUCCCGUAGCUUGCGUCAUUUUCGAUCAGGAAGCAUCGUGUUGUAAAAAUGACGAGUUUAAGCAAUGGAAGAUAAGUACCUAGAGUAAGAUUUUUUUUAAUUCUCUAAUUGUUACGUGAACUCAAUCACUCAAGAAAGUAGUAAAACUCGUUUUUCGUCCCGGGAAUUCGUGAUUGUAUCUGUUUUUUUAUAUAAUACCCAGGCAACACACUUGUCGAGAUCUGAGAAGUAGAAAGUUAAGGAUGUGUUGACCGAAGAAUCAGUAAAAUAAUGUUUUCGCAGCUCAAUCCUCGGACAUCCUAGUUUUUUAUGAAAGGAAAAAGUUGAACAUUAUUCACUAGUUAUAGAAAUUGUCACUAGUUCAAUUUAGUUUAUAUGUUUUCGGUACCAGCUGUGAAGGGCACUACAUGUAUACAUAUAUUGGCGAAACCUAAAAUAUAGAUGUAAAUUCCAUGUACAGGAUUCUUUGUAAAACAUCAACAGAAUCUGACAGAAUUGCUUACAUAAGUGUCCAUAUGACUAUUCAAAACUCGAGGGAUGUCUGAAUACGAAACACUAAAACUGGUAAACAACUAAAUAUUUUCUGUGACAUUAAUUAAUAGUCGCAAUCAUACAGGCCAUUCCUUUAUUUGCCCGCCACUAAUUUCACGGACACAAUAUUCGGUUUCUAGGAUUCAGUUUUAUUGAUGGUCAAAUUAUAUUUCAGUUAAUUACUCUUGACAUCAAUUUUCUAAGAAUUAUUGUGCAAUAUUUUCAUUUAAGAAAUAAUUUAUGUAGUAACAAUUUGAAAAAUGUAUCAUCUUUUCUAAAGAUUUAGGACGCAAAAUUUUACCCUCGAGAAAAGAAAAAAAAAACACCAUCUAUGGUUCACUCUGU